CCCUCACUCUUCCAUUCUCUUAUUUCUGUUAUUUCCUGUUGUUUCUUCUUUUUCCUUUUCAUUCUGCAACUCCAUCUUCACUUUCUCAUUUAUUAAAGUUGUCUCCAUCAAUACAUUCAUUCGACUCAUUUCCUAUUAUGUUUUCUUCCCUUCGAUUUCCUUUUGUAUUCAGCUCCAUAUUGUGCUCUUCUUAUUGGAACCACUCUGUUUCAUGCCUUGAUAUCUCAAGAUUAAUAGAAAUUCAACUCGGUAGACAUUUUUCUUAACAAGACGACUGCUUGGAGGAAGAAGAGGAAUCAUAAAGGCAAAUACUUUUGAAGGAAGAAUUCCAGACAUAACAGGAAUCUUUGAGGAGGUUAAAAUUAAGGGGAAGGAUGUCCAAGUCUUGCAAAGGUUUAGCGAUGGAACUAGUCAAGUGUCUCAGCGAAUCUGAUUGUGUAAAGGUUCAGAAUCGAACUUACAGGGAAUGUGCUGGAGAGAAGAGUCCUUGCAUACCUAGCGAAUGUGUGGGAUUAAGGGAAACAUAUUUCAAUUGUAAAAGAGGCCAGGUUGACAUGAGGGCGAGGAUUAGAGGAAACAAAGGUUAUUGAAUGAGGGGUGGAGCUGAUCAAAGGUUAUUGAAUUAGAAGUUCGAAACUUUGAAUGCCUUGAAGUUUGUCUGCAAUGACCUGUAAAAAUCUUGCCCUUCUGCAUACAUUCAGUAACAUUCGGCUUUCAACUUUUUUCUUCCCUGAAGAGUUUUUGCAUUAAUCUGCUUAAAGAAGCCAGUGGGCCUGUAGCCAAAGAUUUAGUCCUGAGUUAAUAUGUAAUUUUGUUCCUUUUUGGGUUGGGUGAUUCUCUUUUCUCAUGUUUUGGGAUUCUUACAGUAACUUUACCAUGGCUCUUCAAUACUUAAGGUUUUUUUACCAUUACACAAGUACAUACGCUACUAGAAGAAGGAAGGUAUAACUUCACUUGAUUGUUCAGUGGCAUGGUAUUCUUCUUCUUGUGGUUACCUUCUUACAGGAAGAUGCUUGUGUUUGUAUCCAAUUCAAGCGUGGUCUAACGGAGUUUUCUUGUAGGUUUAAGGAAA